AUGCCAUUUUAGUUUGUUUUUCCUUUCCCUCUGUAUUUUCUCUCUAUCUAUUUAAAGAAACCAAACAGUAACCGCCGGUCUUAUUUCCGACCAUACCUCAUCUUUUUUACACACAGUUAGUUACACUUGUAACCGCUUUCAUCGAGUUAGUUAAGCACGCAUAAAGUAUGGAUGGAUUGAAGUUAAAAUUAUUGAUGAUGAUGAUAUAUGUAAUGUUUGUAUCUAUAAGUUUUCGUGAUAUUAGAUCUGCCGCUCAACUUCUGCCUCUUGAAGAAGUUGAGGCACUUCAGACAAUAGCCUCAAAGCUACAAUAUAGCGGUUGGCAACCUGCUAGAGAUUCAUGCAUCUCAGGUACAGGACUUAAUGACACAAUUUCUCUGAACAGACGGGGGCUUCUUGAUUACGGUAGCAAUGUAACUUGUAACUGUAACAGCACUGUUUGCCACAUAACAAACAUACAGUUAAAAGGGCUCAAUUUGACAGGAACUUUGCCUGAAGAGUUUGCAAAUCUCACUUUUCUGCAAGAAAUAGAGCUGUCUCGCAACUAUAUCAAUGGCACUAUUCCUGCACGUUUUGGUCAACUUCGUAUUAACUUUAUGAGCCUUUUGGGGAACCGCAUCAGUGGUCCCAUACCUGAAGUAAUAGGCGAUAUUUCUACACUUGAGGAGCUAGUCAUAGAAGACAAUUUGCUUGGAGGGCCACUUCCUCAAAGUAUUGGACGUUUGACUCGCUUGAGAAGAUUUCUUGCUUCUGCAAAUAACUUUACAGGAACCAUACCGGAGUCGUAUGGAAAGCUGACCAACUUAACAGAUUUUCGGAUGGAUGGGAGUUCAUUAUCUGGGAGAAUACCUGAUUUUAUCGGGAACUGGACAAAACUCGAGAGACUUGAUUUGCAAGGAACUUCAAUGGAAGGACCAAUUCCUUCUACAAUAUCUUUGUUGACCAAUUUGAAGGAAUUGAGGAUAAGCGAUUUGGCUGGAUCGUCAAAUACGAGAUUUCCAAAUCUGCAAAAUAUGACAAAUAUGCAGCGACUCUUCCUGAGAAAUUGUUUGCUUACUGGUUCAAUACCCGAAUACAUAGGACAGAUGAGUUCUGUGAAGAACUUAGACCUGAGUUUCAAUCAACUGACUGGACCAAUACCUGAUUCGAUUCAGAGAAUAAGCUUUGAGACCUUGUUCCUGAAUAACAACUCACUCUCUGGAGAGAUACCUGGAUGGGUAUUUAGCAACAAAGAAAAGAUUGACCUGUCGUACAACAAUUUUACACGAACUCAACCGAGGACUUGUCAGUCAUCUAGCCUGAAUCUUCUUUCAGCCCUCUCACCUUCAGCUGAAAACAAUAGGGAUUCUUGGUGUUUGUCGGACCAACUUACUUGUAGCAGAAACCCUGAACGUUACUCUUUGUUUAUUAAUUGUGGUGGAAUCAGAACAGACUUUGAAGGAAAUGAAUACGAGGAAGAUUUAACCAACGAGCAAUCUUACUUUUAUGCUAGUCAGGAACGAUGGGCUUACAGCACCAAUGGUAAUUUCAUGGGCACUGAUAGUGCUCCAUUUGUUGCAAGCAGCAGAACAAAUGUGACAGGUGGAGAAAUAUAUAAUACAGCUCGUUUUUCUCCCGCUUCACUGAGGUACUUUGGACUGUGUAUGCGAAAAGGGAGUUAUAAAGUGAGACUGCACUUUGCUGAAAUAAGUUACACUGAGGACAUGACAUAUAGUAGUCUGGGAAGACGUUAUUUUGAUGUAUCAAUCCAAGGGGUUCCGCGAUUGAAAGACUUUAACAUCAUGCAAGAAGCUAAUGGUUCUGGCAGGGGUAUCUACAGAGAUUUUGAUAAUGUUAUCGUUGAUGGUAGCACUAUCGACAUCCACUUGUACUGGGCAGGGAAGGGAACUACCGCAAUUCCUGACCGAGGUGUAUAUGGACCUCUUCUAUCCGCUAUCACAAUAACACCAAACUUUGACGUCAGUACAGGAGGAGGACUUUCUGCUGGAACUAUAGCUGGAAUUGUGGUUGGUUCAUGCGCAUUUAUUGGGCUAAUCUUAGCUUUACUUUGGUGGAGAGGUUAUAUAGGAGGAGACAAAGAAGAUAAAGAGCUUCGCGCACUCGAAUUACAAACGGGUUAUUUUAGUCUAAGACAAAUCAAAUCUGCUACUAAUAACUUUGAUCCUGCUAAUAAGAUCGGUGAAGGAGGGUUCGGACCAGUUUACAAGGGUGUACUUACAGAUGGAUCUGAGAUUGCUGUGAAGCAAUUAUCUGCCAGAUCAAAACAAGGGAACCGUGAAUUUGUCACAGAAAUAGGCAUGAUAUCCGCUUUACAGCACCCAAAUCUUGUUAAGCUUUAUGGCUGCUGUAUUGAAGGAAAAGAGUUGCUCCUUGUAUAUGAAUACCUGAUAAAUAACAGUCUCGCGCGUGCCCUUUUUGGCCGUGAGGACCAGAAGCUCAAUUUGGACUGGUCAAGAAGAAAGAAGAUAUGUAUGGGAAUCGCAAGGGGCUUAGCCUAUCUCCACGAGGAGUCAAGGUUGAAAAUAGUUCAUAGAGACAUAAAGGCCACCAAUGUGCUUUUAGACAAGGAUCUUAACGCCAAGAUAUCUGAUUUUGGUUUGGCAAAACUCGAUGAAGAGGAGAAUACUCAUAUAAGCACUAGAAUUGCUGGAACAAUAGGGUAUAUGGCUCCAGAAUAUGCAAUGAGAGGAUACUUGACAGAUAAAGCCGAUGUUUACAGCUUUGGAGUUGUUUUAUUAGAGAUCGUCAGUGGGAAAAGCAAUACAAAUUACAGGCCAAAAGAGGAGUUUGUUUACCUUCUUGAUUGGGCAUAUGUCCUACAAGAGCAGGGGAGUCUUUUAGAACUAGUGGAUCCUGGUCUUGGUAAGUACUCCAAAGAUGAGGCAAUGACCAUGCUGAACUUAUCCCUCUUAUGUACCAAUCCAUCUCCAACUCUUAGACCAAAGAUGUCAGCGGUGGUCCAAAUGCUAGAAGGUAAAAUCCCCGUUCAGCCACCAUUGAUCAAAAGUGUUGCAGGGAACCCCGAUAUGAGGUUCAAAGCCUUUGAGAUGUUGUCACAUGACAGUCAGACACAAGUCUCCACUAUCUCAGCAGACAGUCUUGGUCGUAGGAGCAUCUCGACUGAUGGUCCAUGGGUAGAUUCAUCAAUCUAUAAUGAUGAGUCGAAGGAAAGUUCAAAUUCUGAAAAGAAGUUGCUUCCUGAUUAUGACUCCAAUGUAUGAAUUUGCAAGCUUAAUGAUGGUUUCUUCAUUUACAUAGUAAAAUUGUACAAAUUACCGUCCCAUUAGAAGUGUCUAUGUUUUGAAUUUUCAAAGUUUAACUUUUCCAGCUUUGACCUUAAAUAGUUUUCUUUGUGUUAAAUAAUACUUGAUGAAACUUACAUAAA